GCAGGACAUUGAGCUGCAAAAGCGGAUGCCACAGCAAUGGGCAUUUUACCCUGGGAAGUGCAGUAACAACAACCCCUACGCCUCCUUCGGAGCCACGCUGGCACGGGACGAGGAGCAGAACCUGUGGAGCACCCCCCACGACAUGACCCACACGGAGGCGGACGAUGACCGGGUGCUCUACAACAUGAUCGUGGUCCGGAACCAGCUGGACAAGGACUCGGAGGAAUGGCAAAAGCUCAACUAUGACAUUUAUACCUUACGGCAGACCCGAAAAGAAGUGAGAAGCAGGUGGAAACACAUUUUGGAGGAUUUAGGUUUCCAGAAGGAAGUGGACUCCCUCUUGUCCGUGACCAAACUCAGCAUCAUCAGCGACUCUCAGAACAUGGGUAAAGCCCGGGACAUCUUGUUAAAGCUCUCCGAAGAGACAAACAUCUUCCCAACCAGCUGGGAGCUUUCCGAGCGCUAUCUCUUCGUUGUGGAUCGGCUCAUAGCUCUGGACGCUGCGGAUGAGUUCUUCAAGAUGGCCAGCGUGGUGUACCCGAAGAGACCCAGCGGGGAAAGAGGGGACGAG